AUGUCCGGUGCAUACGACAAAAGUUUGCUAGACGCCGCGCCGGAGAUUUCCCGCGCGCAACGCCAGGAAGGUUACGAUGUUGAUCUGCUAGGUAAGGGCGCGGCGCCAGCGCCGUCGCCAGCGCAGCCGCAAGUAACCUAUGCGCCGAAGGAGACAUACCCUCCGUAUGCGGGAGGGCCAACCUACGCGUCUCGUCGAGUGCCCUUCUGGCGGACAAGGAACGGGAUAAUUGCCUUGGCCGUUCUCGGUGUGGUUGUAGUUGCGGCGGUCGUAGGUGGUGCAGUAGGCGGUACCGUACACCACCACCACCACGACGCCAGCAAUCCUCUCAACAACACCUUCUCGAGCUCUUCUUCGUCUGCAAGCCUUGUGGCCAGCACCAUCAUCUCGUCCUUUGAAUCGACCAUCACGACCGAGGUCGUCACGAGCGCCACUGACGGGCAAGGGCAGCCUGUCGCUACCACAGAGACAACCACCUUCGUCACGUCCGCUACGACGACCGUCAUUACAAGUGUUCCGGUCUUCUCGACGGAUUCUAUAUCUGACUCAACGUCGAGCACGAGUACUCGGUCAGGGGGCAUCCAGUGA